UAUAAUUUGAUUCUUGCAAACUAUAGAAACAAUGCAAUCCUUUUAGCAAUUCUUCUAACGGAUCCUUGUGGCUUCAACGGCCCGGAUCCCAGGCCCGCUUUUAAAUUCACGCAACGGUCAAAUUGGGCCCACGAAGGCGUGCGCGUCGCUUGGUAUUGCACGGACGCCACUGGGUAUUCCAAUCCCGUUGAAUCCCCACAACGCAUUUGCUUUUGGUGGAAAGCACAAAAGCGAGAAGUUCUUCCCUCUUCCAGAGUCCUCUCCAUUAGCAUUUUAGGUCUGGUUCUAGCCGGUAAGGCGCCAAUCUCACCUCUCCUCUUCCCUCCUCGGCGGCACUCUGCGAUCAUGAAUAUGAACGGCGGCGUGGAUGCGAUCGCGCAGCAGCAAGCCACCAACAAUCCGGCCAGCAGCAAGCAGAGCAAGCCGAAUUUGCAGCCCGUGGACAGCCAUUCCGUGGCCAGGAGGUUGCAAUCGGAGCUCAUGGCUUUGAUGACUUGCGGGGAUCCGGGAAUUUCAGCGUUUCCAGACGGUGACAACAUCUUUACAUGGAUUGGAACCAUCAAGGGAGGCGAGGCGACCGUGUAUGAAGGUCUCUCUUUCAAGCUCUCGCUGCGCUUUCCCACGGAUUAUCCAUUCAAGCCACCGCUAGUCAAGUUUGAGACGUCGUGUUUCCAUCCCAACGUCGAUCAGCACGGCAACAUUUGCCUCGACAUCUUGCAGGAUAAAUGGUCCUCGGCUUACGAUGUUAGAACCGUUCUGCUAUCGAUCCAAAGCCUGCUUGGAGAGCCAAACAACAACAGUCCUCUCAACAGCUAUGCGGCAACGUUGUGGCCAAACCAGGAAGAGUACAAGAAAGUGAUGAUCAAGCAGAGCCGCGAAGGAUCCGGGCGAUGAAGAAGAAGUUGCGAAAAGGAGAACACUCGCGGGAGGAGCCGUGAAGUUUUUUCUUCUUUGCCGGACGAAGCUCUUUGGCGGAGGAAAAAAAAUCGAGUUGGCUCUACAUGGCUCGAGCUAUGGAGCAUGAGAGCUAGAGCGAGCGAGCGACAGAGAGAGAAGCGAUGUUUUCUUCUUGGCUCUAAAAUUUCCAUCAAGCAUUUCCAUUCCAA